AUGCGUCUUGUUCACAUCGACGACGACGGCAGUUUCAGCCUUGUCGAGUUUGUUGGAGAAGACGCACCACCCUAUGCCAUUCUGUCGCACACAUGGGGGGCGGAUCAUGAAGAAGUCACAUACCAGGACAUGGUGCAAGGAACCGGUGGAGCCAAGUCGGGGUUCGAGAAAAUUUGCUUGUGCGCUAGACAGGCUGCAGAGGAUGAUUUGGCGUAUUUCUGGGUGGAUACAUGCUGCAGUUUCGACAAGUCGAGUAGUGCCGAACUGACAGAGUCCAUCAACUCCAUGUUCCAAUGGUACAGGGCAGCCAAAGUGUGCUAUGUCUUUCUCGCUGAUCUUGAGGCUGGGGCUGCGCUUGAAGAUGAGAUGCAUCGGUGUCGUUGGUUCUCACGAGGCUGGACACUGCAGGAGCUCGUGGCGCCAGCGACGCUGAAAUUCUACAGCAAGAACUGGCAAUUUAAAGGCACCAAACACGACCAGGCCGAGGUGCUUGAGGCCUUCACCAAGAUACCUUCAGGCGUCUUGCUUGGCUUACGCGAACCGUCGUCCGUGUGCGUGGCCGUGAGGAUGUCAUGGGCAGCGAACCGUCAAACUAAGCGCCAGGAAGAUAUGGCAUACUGUCUGCUGGGAAUCUUUGACGUCAAUAUGCCCAUGAUCUAUGGCGAAGGCAAAAAGGCUUUUCGCCGGUUACAAGAGGAAAUCAUCAAGCGGGAAAACGACCUCACCAUCCUUGCUUGGGACCCAUCUCCAGGUACCUAUGAAUAUUUUGUUGGAUGCUUUGCUCCGUCUCCCAAGAACUUUGCCAACUGUUCGGAUAUUUUGCCUUUUCCCGACUUGUCUCUAGAGUUCUCGACGACGAACAGAGGCCUUCUCAUGACUACGGAGCUCAACAUACGGACGGCAGAAUUCAAGCAAGCAAACAAUUCUCGUCAAAUUGUCUACUUUAUAAACCUGGGGUUUAGCAGCGAGAGGCGCAUGGGUAUUCAUCUGCGCAAACUCGGGCCGAGUCUUUUUUGCCGACUGCAUGACUACGACGACAUGGACAGCGUCGUGUCUCCAUAUGUCGACCAACGCGUUGGCAACUUCUACAUUGUUCUGGAUCCGCAGUUUUCCAAGACCAAGAUAUCAGAUUUCUACCGCAUGUGCGCAUUGCACGUUCCCUUUGCAGACGAUCUCAGAGUCGAGACAGCCUUGCCCAAAACGCUAUGGGACCACACCGAUAGACUCUUCUUGACAAAGAGUAGAUAUGCGACGCCCAUUCAUCCUAUGGUCUUGGCUCUGAAGCUUCGCGUCUAUUUGGAGACGGGUGAUGUGCCGAUUACAGUCGUGUGCGAUUACAGGACAGCAUGA